CCAGCACCCAGGAAGACCAGAUCACUUGCUGCGCUGCUGCUAUGGGCGUUAAAGCCUUGGCUCUCCACUUUGUUUUGCUCUUUAUCUGCGGGGGGUUCAGAGGCUUGCAGUGUUUCUUUCUGCAGACUAUCUUGAAGAGAUGCCAGUCCUAUGAUGCAUCUGAGAAUCCUGAGCUCAGGAACAGAGACUGCUCAAAGAUAGUGGAGGCCUUCAAGGGGGCUUUUGUUUCCAAGGACCCCUGUGGGAUCACUGAACGGGACUAUGCACCUCUGCUGCAGCUCACGGACCAAAAUGUCCCCAAUGGCAAGGCUCUUCUCUGGAGCAACACAAAGGGGGAGAAACAACAGUAUUCCCAGAAGAAAGGCCUGUUGACUCUGGAGAACAUGCUGCUGGGGCACCUGGCGGACGGCCUCACCUGGUGUGGAGAAAAAGGCUCUCCCGAAAUCGAUACUACAUCUUGUCCAGAUAGGAACAGCUGCAAGGGAAAUCCCGUCUCUGUGUCCUGGGAUACGGCCUCCAAGUGGGUGAGCACCUGCAGGAGAAGAAAUGCUAGAACUGUGGAGAACAAAGAGCGUCAGAGGUCAUGUCACCAGAGGUUGGUGUGGGAUCGCGCGUUCAGGAAGAAGAGGGGAGAAUUCUGGCCUGAGACAGUGUUGGCAGGUUGUCACUUGUGGUUGGGGACAUCCUUGGCACCUGCAGGGACUCUGACGGUGGAUUCUCCACUGUUACGCGUUCUUAGGUUUUGUCUUCCAGGAAGCUCUGCUUUGAUUCAGUCCUCUGAUGCCGCCAGUAGGCAGUCGUAGGGUCCUGAACAGGAUGAAUAACCCACACCUCUGACCACUUCCGUGUGCCAGGCACCGUCUUGGGCUGCUCUCGGGGACCAGCCCCUGGACUGGGUGCCAUGGGUGUCUCACCACCUCACAGCUGACACAGGGAGAGGCAGGGGCAUCAGCUCUCCCCUGAAAGCACAGCGAGUAACCGGCAGGUCUGGGGCUCCCCCCUCACUGUCCUCGGAACUGGGAGCCCCAAGGGAAGCUUCCUGGGACUCCCCUGAGUCCUGCUGAGCCCACACAGGUGUGGAGACACCUUCUCCCAGCAGCCCAGAGCCUCUCUCUUGCUGCCAAUCGAGCCCUUGGCCCUGGUGCCCUGACUCCCCUCCUCACUUCCUGGCUCCCCAGUGACAUGAGCUGGGGACACACUGAGCGGCCUUCCUUGGUGGGGCUCUGGCUGCCGUGUGUGGGGUCAGCGCUGGCCCCUGUCGCCAUCUGCCGAGGGACACUCACUCUGUGGUGGCAGUGGGCUCCUGCCCCCUGUUCCUCAGCCUGUGGAGAGAGAGAGGAGCCCGCUGGGUGCUCACAGUUGUGGGUCUCAUUGUUGAGGGUGUCCUAGCACAGCAGAUGGAGGCUGGUCCUUGGGGAGCACUCAGGCCCCUGAGCAGCCCCUCUCCUGCCCCAGCCUCCUCUGAGUGUCCUCCACCCCUGCUUCCUCAGCGCUGGGCCUGUCUGCAGCUGCCUCAGUAAUCCCCGCUCACUCCCCAGCACAUGGAAUGCCAGGAGGUGGCAUCAGGGGGUGUGGGGUGUCGUCACAGCUCAGGAAGAGGACCCCAGACAGUCUAGGACCCUGGGUGGGGGCCUGGGGCACCUUGCACUCCUCUGUCUCACUCAGUUCCUUCCUCCCAGUGCAGUGUUUGCUGCAUGAGGAGCUCAAACUCCUGUC